UCACUACCCGGCAUUAAUCGUCAUUGCUCAAUAUGGCCGACACGAGGUUGUAUGAUCUACUUGGAGUCUCUCGAAAUGCUAGUGAUGCUGAACUAAAAAAGGCCUACAGGAAGCUGGCCAAAGAACUUCAUCCCGAUAAAAAUCCAGAAACUGGAGAAAAGUUUAAAGAAAUCAGCUUCGCAUACGAUGUCCUUUCAAAUCCCGAAAAACGAGAUUUAUACGACAGAUUUGGCGAGAAGGGCUUGCGUGAGGGGGUCGGAAGUGCAGGAGGUUUUGAUGACAUCAUAUCACAUAUCUUUGGAGGUGGUGGAUUYGGUGGUGGUUUGUUUGGAAGUGGUUUUGGGGGGUUCAGUGGGAUGAGAARCAGACGACGAAGAGGAGAAGACAUGUUUCACCCAUUAAAGGUGACACUGGAAGAUCUAUAUAAUGGAAAAUCAACAAAACUUCAACUAAGCAAAAAUGUAAUAUGUCCAACUUGUGAAGGUGUUGGGGGUAAAAAAGGAGCAAUGCGAACAUGUAGUGGGUGCAAAGGUCGAGGAAUAAAAGUGACAAUGAGAUCACUAGGUCCAGGAAUGGUACAACACAUGCAGUCAGCAUGCAAUGACUGUUAUGGAGAAGGYGAAGUCAUUAAUCCUAAGGAUAGAUGUAAAAAAUGUGAAGGCAAAAAAGUUGUCAAAGAAAGUAAAAUUCUAGAGGUCCACAUUGACAAAGGAAUGAGUGACAACCAAAAAAUAACUUUCCGUGGUGAGGGAGACCAGGAGCCCAAUGUAGAACCAGGMGAUAUCAUUCUKAUAUUGCAACAAAAGAAUCAUGAUACAUUUAAACGACAAGCAGAAGAUCUCUACAUGACUAAAGACAUUGGAUURGUUGAGUCUUUAUGUGGUUUUCAAAUGGUUAUCAAACACUUGGAUGGCAGAGAUCUUGUUGUAAACCAGCCAGCAGGGAGUGUYAUUGAACCAGGAUGUCAGCGUGGAAUUCUCAAUGAAGGAAUGCCAAUGUACAGAAAUCCACAUGAGAAAGGAAAUCUUUAUAUUAGAUUCAAUAUCAUAUUCCCACCCAAUAACUUCUUAGAUACUGCAAAACUAAAUGAUCUUGAACAACUUUUACCUGCUCGACCAAAAUUACCGACACCAGAAGCAGGAGAAGAUGUCAUGGAAGUCGAUUUAGAGCCUUAUGAUCCAAAGGCUGAGAACAAUGAUAGACGGCACCGCGAAGCUUAUGAUGACGACAGUGAUGAUGAUGGUCCAGGACAAUCACAUGUACAAUGUGCUCACCAAUGAUUGAUUGUUAGAUUUCAUUAUAAAUUAUAACAUACAAAGGACAAUGUAAAUACACUCAUUACAGGAUAAUCUUGGUGUGUAUACUAGUUUUAAACCGUCAUCUAUCUGCCAUCUACAUUGUGUCUUUAAGUUAUAUUUAUGUUUUWUACACCAAGCUUGAAUUUCUUGUUUUGCUCUAGAUGUUGUUUGUAGAUUAGAAAAAACGAGACAGAAAUAAUUGUGAAUUUAACAAUUCCAUUCUGUAUUCUUAUUGACAAUGAAAUUGACGUCAAAAAUGCUCAAAACUCGAGUGGUUUCACUGCAAAGUUUUGAGCGUUUUUUUACGUCAAUUUUAUUUGUCAAUAAGUUUACAGAAAAUGGAAAACAGCCUGCAAUUUUUUUUGUAUAAUAACAAGUAGAUUUUUCCAUUUAAAUCAUUGUUUAUUUUGCAGAAUUCUGCAUAGUUUCCUAGUAUAAAUUGUUUUGCGUAACAAGCUUGACUGCUCUAUGCGUCUUUGCAAGAAAUCUACAAGUUAUUAUAAAAGGAAUUUCGAUAAUGUUAAAAGGCUUUUCAUUGAAUAUAUGGAAUUUAGGAGUUUUUGUAAUCUAUGGUCAACUUCACAAGAUGUUUUUAUCAUGUUUACUAUGAAUUCAUUACUGGUUGAUAUAAUAACUUAAUAGUAUCUGCUUUUAUGGCCUUUGACCUUCAAUUACUUGUAAUUCCUAUUAUUAUUAUUAUUAUUAUUAUCAUCAUCAUCUGAAUAAAAUAAUGAUGAAAUCAUUUUAAUUACUAAAAUUUAUGAUGAAUUUGUCAAUUGCAUUUAAUUAAUCUUGCAAUAUAAAAUACAAACAUGAAAAGCAUACAAAUACCUCUAGACUAGUCUCAUUAACCCAUACUUUUCAACAUACUACUACACCUGUGACUCUUUUCUUUUAUAAUGUCUUCUGUAUAAAUGAAUAUUGAUCACACUUAAUCUGUGCAACUGUACAAACUAAAUAGUUGUAUUUAGUAAAUCAUGCAUGYGGUACGUAAAUUGAAUUGAURCARAUGAAGCAUUCAAUAUCGUCUUUCUUCAGGUCCACUUUUAGUAWAAAUUUGUACUGCUUAGAUUUUGUACAGUUGCAYRGUUCAAGUGCAAUCACUCUAGUGCUGAAUGCUGCCAUUUGGCUUUUAGUGUUUGUAUCUGAGACUUGUGUUUCUCAUUUUUUACAUUUAGAGGAAAUGGUGUAUUAGAUUAGCCCCCAGUUUUUACUAAUUUUAUUCUCACUGGUAUUAGCUAUAAGUUGAUGCAGUGAAUUCAAUAAUUUCUGAAAUCAAAAUAGUUCAGGUUUAGAGUGCAUGUUUCUCUAUAUCCAUGAAAUAGUUUGAACUAACAAUAAAAUUGUGUGCUAAGAAAUA